CGUGGCAGUGGUGCACAUUUAGUAGUUGACUGAAUUUUAAGGAAAGUUAAUUUAUUUUGGAAAAACUUACAGGCUGAAAUAUAAAAUUACUUUGUCAAGUAUUUUUUACGUAACAACGAUAUGUCGUCAAUCUUACGCUUCGCUGUCAGUGUCCUUGUUGUGUUGGUACUCUUAACCACCCAUACAGCUUUAGCCAAUUCUCGACCGCCACGCAACAAUGACAUCAGCAACAUGGCCGAUGCACUCAAAUAUUUACAAGAUCUGGACAUGUAUUAUGGCGAUCGAGCACGAGCCAGGUUUGGCAAGCGCGCGCCACUAAUACAACUCUUGCAUCAACGUUUGCUGGACAAUCCAGAAAUGGCACGAGCCUUAGACCAUCCAUCGGCUGAGGAACCUUUUUAAAGCCCUAUGUCAAAAAGGCACUCAAUGUGAAUUGCACUCAAUUGAACAACAACUUCAUGAUUCACACUGGCGAAGUAAAGGAUGUAGCAGCAAACCAUUUCAAAAUUUAUUGAGUAAAAUUUAUUAAAAAAACUAUGGUGUAUAUUAAAUUUAAAAAAAAAAUAUAUAUAUAUAUAUGUGAGACUAA